AUGUCUUUUAUUAUACGCCCACUUCUUCAACGUCGUCGUCCUUCUCACGAGUAUCAACCUUUGAUUGUGCGACAUGUUGAGAAUCAUUUUGAGUCGCCUGAAAUUGUUCGGGAUAUUGUAAUUGGAUUGAGUGAUGGAUUGACGGUUCCAUUUGCAUUGGCAGCUGGAUUAUCCUCACUGGGUGAUUCACGACUUGUCGUAAUAGGAGGCUUAGCUGAGCUCAUUUCAGGUGCGAUUUCUAUGGGAUUAGGCGGGUUUUUAGCCGCAAAAUCUGAAGCAGAUCAUUAUGCCACCGAAAGAGUCAGAGAAGAGAAUGAAGUACGAGACUGCGUUGAAGAAGAAAUCGACGAAGUUGUUGAAAUUCUCGAACCUUAUGGUCUCGAUCGUGCAUCGUUAACUCCAUUAAUCGAUAAAUUAGUAGCCAAUCCAGAAAAAUUCGUCGAUUUUAUGAUGAAGUUCGAAUUAAAUCUUGAAAAACCGGACCCUCAUCGUUCAUGGGUUUCAGCCUUAACAAUUGGCCUUUCCUAUUUCUUUGGCGGAUUCAUUCCCUUAAUUCCAUACAUGCUAGUCGACUCUGCAAUGACCGGAUUAUACAUUAGUGUAGCCGUCACAUUUUUCGCUCUACUAUUUUUCGGUUUUAUUAAGUCGUUUUUCAUGUCACCAAAGAAUACUAUUAGCGGUGCAGUUAAUACCGCAAUGGUUGGGAUGUUGGCAGCCGCAGCUGCGUUUGGGCUUGUUAAAGUUAUUGAAAAAUUUUAG